UGAAAAUCUUCAGAAACUUCGGCUUCUGGGAGCUAAUGUUCUACACCAAAAUCAGCCCUCGCUGGAACGAGCUGUGCUUCUACCUGCUCCGGGAUCGAGUUACGUUCAGGCUGCAACGCGAAAUGUUGAUUCCACCGCAGUUUUGGACGCAGGAUCGCUGCUAUCGGGACGUAAGAUACGAAACCGAUUAUCUACCGGAUGGCAGCAGCUUCUACUUGCAACCGUUUGCCGAGCAGGUCAAGAAGCUGGAUCUUACCUUCUACCGAGCGGACGAUGGAUCGUUGCUCGAGUUUCUGCGGCCAUUCGGGAAGGUCGUGACUUUGGCGCUCAUCGUUGACCGUCUGCAACCGCGGAAGCCACGACCACGAUUCUUGGAGGCGUGCGCCGGGAUUCUGCCCGAGGUGCGCCACCUGACCAUUCGCUGCUGCUACCUGAAGCUGGUGGGACUGCUGGCCGAAGUGGCCCCGAGGCUGGUCACGCUGGAUGUCGAGCUGGUGGUGCGGGUUUUGCCGCAGUUUUUCGAGUGCCAGUUGGGCGCUUUGGAGUCGUUGACGCUGCGGUUCAACAUGACCGGAGUGAAUGGGCGGACCAUCGAGGACACUUUUCCGAAGGCUGCGCUUGUGCAGUUCCUAAGCCAGAUGCGACUUGUUCGGAAGUUUGGGAUAUUUGUCGAUUUCUUUUAUCCCGCUUGCGACGUUGCUUCGGCGCUUCCCUCCGUCGAAGAGCUGACUGUGAGUGGGAAGUUUUCGGUGAUGCCCGUCAACAAGAUCUUCAACUGCGUCCACCAAAUGCCGCUGCUGCGCUCCUUGAGCAUCAACGUCGAAUCCUUGAACUGGUUGGAAUUGGACGAACCGGUGCCGCAAGUGGCAGCGCUCAAAGUCACCGGCACGAUCCGAAUCCAUUUGCCGACCCUUGCACGAACGUUUCCCAGCUUGCGCGUGCUGUCCGUGAAUUUUCCGAACAUCUCAACGGAUGCCGAGCUUAGUUUUGCCCUGUCCAAAUGGGAAAAUACGUUGGAAGAACUUUCGUUCCGAAUUUCACUUGAAUGUGUCCAAAAGACAGCCGCUAUCUUCAACAUACUUCGAAAGAUAAGAAAAAUUACCUUUGAUUUUGUAGACUAUUACAUGGACGACAUCGCAUUCCUGUCCUCGAUUGUCAGCAUGGAAACGCUGCAGGAGCUGCACAUCCGACAGGUCGGUGGAGAGGCGUGGAGGGAAACCGUGCCGGAACUGUGCGAACGCUUGCGGUGUCCGCCGUCUUGUGCGCUCUUCGUCGAUGGGUACCGUGUCGGAUUGAACGGUUGAAGGUCGAUUUUGCUAUUUUUUGUUUUGUAGAAACAAGUUGUUUAAUUUAAACAAUGACUAAUUUUUAACCCUG